UAUGAGAUGAUCUGCAAAAUGUUUGGCGCGAAAACAUCCGCAAGGCCAUGGUUCUCGUGAUAUUAGAGGGUCGUGGUGGUAUGUGUUUUCGAUAAUUUGCCAGGAAUUCAUUGGACGCACGAGCGACUUAAUGUAGACUUAUCUCAGUGAUAUGCUCGUGCCGAUCAGUUUUUCAUAUUCAACGGAGAUAUAUCAAAAACAGUUCUGCAAUUCUUCCACACCACUUCCAAAGUCACAUUUAGUUUUCCCGAAUGUAUUGCCUUACUCCGAAAAGGUGUCAGUAAUGUUUAAUGGUCUACAGACUGCGCCGUCUUUGAAAUGUGCCAAUCCGAUGCCACAAAUUGGCCAACCAUUCAUUAUUGGAGGUCCUGUUUUAGCAGUUGGCAAAUCAACUUUUUCUCCUGCUGGGUAUGGGAAUUCACAGAGGCUCGAAAAUGGGUUCGUUUUUCAACCCAGUCUGACCCGAAAAGUGUACAUGCCCGAAAAGUCUUUGGGAUUUGGUGCUUUUGGUGUUGUGUGGUUGGUUGUUGAUCCACGAACAGGCGACCAGGUUGCUCUUAAGAGAAUCCCCAACAUUUUUGAAAGUGUUGUGUCUGCUAAGCGAGCGUACAGAGAACUAAAAUUGUUGUUCUCUUUAAAACAUUUAAAUAUUGUCCGCCUGAUUGAUGUCGUAAAAGUCAGCAGUUCCUCUUUGUUCAGCGAAGUCUCCGUUCUUUGCGAAUAUAUGGAUACUGAUCUGCACAAAAUAAUCGUGUCCACUCAAUAUUUAUCGCUAGAGCAUGUCAAACUUUUUGUCUAUCAGAUACUAAGAGGUUUAAAAUAUCUUCAUUCUGCUGGUGUUAUUCAUCGGGACCUAAAACCAGGGAACCUCUUGGUUAAUUCUGACUGUUUAUUAAAGAUUUGCGACUUCGGUCUUGCUCGUUCAGUGCCAUCUUUUAGUGUAGAAAGAUCUUGUAAUCCACUAACUCUUGAAGUUGUGACUCAAUUCUAUAGACCACCAGAAUUACUUCUAGGUUCGAAUUUUUAUACAGCUGCUGUCGAUCAGUGGAGCGUUGGCUGCAUACUUGGAGAGCUUCUUUGUCGUCAAAUUUUAUUUCAAUCUUCCAGCUCAUUUCGUCAAUUGGAUAUGAUAUUUAAUCUACUAGGAUCACCUAAUGCAAUGGAAUUAAUUGACUUAGUUGGUUUUCCGUCAUCUAGCAUAGAUUUUAUUCGUAAUUGUCCUGUACGACCAUUUAAUCAUGCUGCUGUUUCAAGAAUACUUGUUCCGGCUAAUACUCAUUAUUUUCAGUCACCGACAGAAAAUCCACCUGAUCCUAAUUUAAUUAAUUUGUUUACAGGACUUCUAAGUUUUAGUUCAUCGAAGCGGUUAACUGCUGAACAAGCGCUAGAUUCACCAUUCUUAGUUGGAGGUAGAGCUAGAUUUCAUACUUGCCUGUGCUGUUGUUGUCCACCACGUAAUCAAAGUUCAAUAAUUAACGAUUCACCUACCCACUGGAGUAAUGUAGCGAAACAAGUAAAUCAUCAUCUUUUAGCUUUUGGUUCAGUUGGUACUCUGUCAUCAUCUGGUGGUACACUGCCAUCUUCACUUCAUUCAUCUAUGCUAUCACAAAGUAGAGAUAUAACGUUGCGCAUCCCUUUAUUUUUGUCACCUCAUCUAAUGGUACCAACUUCUCUUAUACGGUAUAGUUGUAUUAAUUUGGAACCAACCUUUCAAGAUAUACAUGAAUACACUUAUUUAAAUACUGAAAUAGAAGUGAAUAACUUGUUUGAAGCUAAACAAAUAUUAUGGAAUCUAAUUCAGCAAUAUUUCCAAAGAGAUCCUAAUCGUACCCGAGUUGUGAUAAACAAUUCUUCGCCUAAUUUCCAAUCAUUUAUAAAGUCUUCAGUUGCGUUCAAUUAAUAUUACAACAUGUUAUAAUGAAGACUAUUUAUAUAACUACAAAAACUUUAUAUUUCUAUUCAAUGUUAAUUAUUGUAUUAUAAAGUUUUGAUCCCCUCUUUAUUAAUCAAUUCAUGUAAUAUGUAAUUAUUCUUUUUGAUAUAUCUUCUUUUUUUUGUGGCCUUUCCUAUUAUUACUGCACAUUUAUAUGUAUAUUUACAGUUGAAUGUACUACAAAUACGAUUUCUUCCUGUAUUAUUAUUGUGACCAUUUUUCGAGUGCCUUUAAUUAUCAUCUUCUGUUCUAUUUGUUGUUGCUGUUUUUUUUGUUAAAACAACUGAGCAGUUGUACUUAAUUAUCUAAUUGGCUUUAAUCUAAUCUAUUGCACGUAUUUCGGAAAAAUGAAUCUUGUUAUAUAUAUUCUCAUCUUCUUUGUUCUAUUCUAGAAAAGUUCUUUAUUCUGUCUAUCUACGUAAUUUGUAACAGUGUGUACAUUCUAAAAUUUUUCUAUACCUUUUUUUCUUUCUUUCUCAUUUUCUUCAUUGAAUUAUUGUAUAAUCAAGUCAACUGAUUCUUUUUAUUAAAUAUUGGGCUGUGCUGUCUAUGUUUCAACUGCGUUUAAAGUGGUUAAUUCUUACAAUCCAUCAUAUAUAUAUAUAUAUAUAUAUAUAUAUAUAUAUAUAUAUAUAUAUUCUUUAUAUUGGUUAUUUGCUUUAUAUUCUUAUUAUAUAUAUAUAUUU